AGGCAGCGUCCCGCAGGACGUCAUUCGUUCGCGAACUCCACAAGUGUUGAGAGGUUCAAAUAAAUCGAAACGCGACAACUAAAAUUCUUCUCGUAAUCUUGUUUCAUUUAAAUCCAAGUGCAAUAUGGUGACAACCGAAGACGUUAGUGUAUCAUCAUCAACAAUGCCAGGAAGCAGUGCCAUAACACAUCAAAAUUUGGAUCAAAAAAUCGAAAAGAAAUCCGAAAACAGACGCAGCAACAAACCAAUCAUGGAGAAACGAAGAAGAGCAAGGAUUAAUAACUGCCUAAACGAACUAAAAGGCUUAAUUUUAGAAGCAACUAAAAGAGAUCCCGCCCGACAUUCCAAAUUAGAAAAAGCCGAUAUCUUAGAAAUGACCGUCCGAUAUUUGCAAGACAACAAAUCUAAAGAACAAUCGAUUUCGCCCGAUACAUUAAGCGCGGGUCAUUUCAAAGCGGGAUUUACAGUUUGCGCGAACGCUGUCUCAAAAUUUCCCGGAUUAGAACCAUCCGCGAAAAGAACUCUUUUACACCACAUCUCAAACUGUUGGAAUCAACAACCCGUCGUUUUACCAUCGACGAACGAGAUCCAACAAAAUCCCAGGAUCCUAUUACCCAAUAAUACCUCAAUACAAAUAGUUCCUAACUCGAACGGCGAUAUUUUUUUGUUGCCGGCCACGCAAAGUACCCAAAAUUUACCUCUGUUAGUACCGAUACCUCAAAGAACGGCUUCGACGUGUUCAUCGGCUUCGAGUUCUCGAUCGGAAAGUCCGCAAGAAAUCGAGGAUUCCCCGAAACCUUUGGCUUUGGUGAUAAGGCGAGAGGAAGAUCAUAAAAAGGAAGUUUGGAGACCAUUUUAAAUUUGAAAAAUUUUAAUUUCAUUUUAAUCGACUUAAAAAAAACGUGUGAUAUUUAGAAUUCCUGAAUGCCAUAUCUUAUAUUAUAAAUAUUAAUAUUUACUCGAUAAGGUACCAUAUUUAUAUUAUCGCGAGUGAUUGAAAAAAAAAUUAUUAAUUUUUUUUACUAUUUUUGUAUUAAUAACGUUUAUUUUUUAAUUUGUACAAAAUUAUUACGUAGGUGUAUAUGAAGGGUGUUUGGAGUGUGAUAAUUUACGAUUAAUGAUUGUGACAUACCUGUGCCUUAAUAGAUAUGUAAUGAAAAAAUUGAAUAAAGUAUUUAUUUUUUUGUAUGAUA